AUGUCGCGCGAGACUAGAUCAAAUGUUAAGCUUAUGCGGCCUGGAAUGGCUGUAUUAGUACUUAGUGGAAAGUACGCUGGUCGGAAGGCUAUCGUCAUUAAGAGUUAUGACGACGGUUCAAAUGAGAAACCUUAUGGACAUGCACUUGUUGUUGGGAUUGAUCGGUAUCCUCGUCGGAUUUUGCGAAGAAUGGGCAAAAAACGCGUAGAAAGCCGCUCAAAAAUAAAGCCCUUUAUUAAAUUGCUAAAUUACAAUCACUUAAUGCCGACUCGUCACACUAUCGGGAUCUCGUUCAACACAACGAUAAUCAACAAAAACUGUCUUGCCGAUAAGCCGAAAAGAAGGAGGGCUCUUUUGGAGGCGAAACUCAAACUUCAGCAAAGGUAUCGCUCUAAUGAAAACCCUUGGCUUUUCCGCAAACUCAGGUUCUGA